CCCCGGUCAUCAGCGGGAAACCAAAAUGGCGAACGUGUUGGGGGAAAAUGAACCGUUUGUUAUUUUCUGAAGAAGCCACAAGCCCCGCAAGUUUUCGCGAUAUACUUAAAUAAAUACAAAUAAAUUCAACUGCAAAAGGAGCGGGAUAACAGCGGUCACUCAUAUUCAGUUAAUUUGUCGUACGAGUCGUUUGUAGAAGCGGAGGUGACCGAAUGAGAGACUCAGGGGUUGUGGAUCACCUGUCUGUCCACCACAGAGCUCACCCCCAGCGGCAGCAGCAGGCUGUGUCCUUGUCCCCCACAAGCCUUUCUGCUAGGGGAGGGUAUGGAGAAGACGGCAUGUCUGCCAGGUUUACAGAGGGACAGGACGUCUUGGCCCGGUGGUCAGAUGGCUUGUUCUAUUUGGGGACAAUCACCAAGAUAGAUCGAGACAAGCAGCGGUGCUUUGUGGUUUUUGAGGAUCGGUCAAAGUCUUGGGUUCUCUGGAAGGAUAUUCAGACAGGGGACGAAGAUGAUGAGGACGAUGAGGACGAUGACAUUGUGUGCUCCAUAUGCCAGGAUGAAACCUCAGAUGAACCCAAUGAGAUUGUUAUCUGUGACAUGUGUGGACAAGGCUACCAUCAGCUGUGCCAUUCUCCCAUCAUCGAUGCCUCUGUCAUAGACUCAGAUGACAAGUGGCUAUGCUCAGAGUGUGAGCUCACUUCUAUACCUAAGAGGGGGGGUACACACAGGAGAGGAGCAUCUGCUAAAGGCUUUCUGCAGCAUGAGCAACAGCAGCAGCAUCACAUGGAGCUGCACCUGUCCUUCCCAUACACUCUGGACGCACUGGUGUGGGACCAGGGCCACAAGACUAACACCCAGCAGUGCUACUGCUACUGUGGAGGCCCAGGAGAUUGGUACCUGAAGAUGCUGCAAUGUAAUAGGUGUCAGCAGUGGUUCCAUGAGGCGUGUCUCCAUUGCUUACAGAUGCCCAUGCUCUAUGGAGAUAGGUUUUAUCUGUUUAUUUGUUCCGUUUGCAAUGGUGGACCAGAGUACCUCAGCCGACUGCCUCUCAGAUGGGGGGAUGUCACACACCUGAGCCUGUACAACUUGAGUGUUAUCCACAAGAAGAAGUACUUUGACUCUGAGAUGGACCUGAUGACUUACAUCAAUGAUAACUGGCAGCUGUUGCAGCUGGGGGAGCUCGCCAACACUCCGAGAUCAGAGCGAUAUGAGAGUGUUCUGGAGGCAUUAAACAACAACAGCAGAAUGUUCAUGUCAGGCAAGGAGGUAAAAAAAAAGAAGCACUUGUUUGGGCUGAGGAUCCGCUACCCUCCUGCUCCCCCCAACUCUGAGCCAACCAGCAGAGUGAUGGAGAGGGCUUCACAUGAGAUCACCAUCAAGGGAUGCAAGUCCACCAAAGCCAUAUCUGGCAUGAGAACUUGCAGUACUUUAACAAAUGGCACAGAGAAGAAGAAGAAAAAGAGGAAGCAAGGAACACAUUCCCUGGAGACUCUGGCUAAACCACAACGCUCCACUGAACUCUUCUCCCAGGAAAUAAGAAAGCCUCCACAACUAGAGCCCCACACAUUGGAUCACUUAACCUCUGUCAAGAGUGACAGGUCUCUGCUGUCCUCAGAUGUGGAAUCUAUAGGAGCCCUGAGCACCACAGAAACUACCUCAACUAGCAUUUCAAGACAGUCCAGCCUCUGUAGCUCCAGCAAGACACGCACGACAGCCUGCAUCAUGCCUGUUUCCUCUCCACCCUUAAAAAGGAAACGCGGGAGGCCACGACGGGCCCUGCAGCCCCCCAACCCAGAAAUCCCCCCUCCCACCCAUGCUGACCCAAACUCCUCAGCUACAGAGGUGAUGAGCCCACUGCCAGGGCUUCACUCUACAGACAUAGUUCAUGGCAUGGACCCCAACAGCCAGCUCUCCCACCUCAAGAGCUCCAUCAGCAGCUAUUUCGGAGCAGCAGGGCGGCUGGCUUGCGGGGAAAAGUACAAAGUCUUGGCACGACGGGUCACCCUUGACGGCAAGGUGCAGUACCUGGUGGAGUGGGAAGGAGUCACUGCCUCCUAGACUUGUCAUUGUCAACAUCAUUCUAACUUCUAACCAGCGUCUGCAAGAGGUUUAUGGCUGUGCUAUGGACAUGUGUACACAGCCUGUAUUAAGAGCAUUAAUUGAUAUAUGCCUUUGUUUAGUUUAGACAGGAGCAAGUUUUGCCUGUUAAGCUUUACUGUAAAGCCUACUGGUUCAGUGCAGUCCAGGGUGAUUAUAGCACAUUUAAACAUGUCUUUUCCACAUGUGCUUUAAAGAUUACAAUUCAUUGAUAAAGACAAGGCAUUGUCAUUAUACCACAUUUCUGUUAUUCUGCUUUUAACUUUCGUUAUCUGCUUUGAAUGUUUACAGAAUCCCCAUUUAUUCAGGGGCAAAUAAUUGAUCAGUGCACUGCACCUGUAGGCUUUCAGUGAAUCGUUAGUGCUUGAUUUUUAAUCCAGUGAUAUGCUUUUCCAGACCAGUUAAGUAUGAAACUGUAAGUUUGUUUUUGUUUUUUUGACAGAAUGUAGUUGGUCAGGCAUUAAAUGGUGAAUCUUGGAGGAUAAGAGAAAGAGGGGAAGUUUUGUUCAAAUAAUUUUAAUUAAUUUCACUAUUGCAAUCAUGCAGUGAACAAUAACAUAUGUUUGGUUAACAUUUAUUUUCUUAGCAAAUUUGGUAAAUAAAUACAUGUCCCUUUUUACAACCAUGUCCCUUCCUUCUCUAGUCCCAGCUGUGAGUACCUCUUGUUGCCUUGGGCAGACAUAUCCUUCAGUUGUGUUUUGGAAAGUGUGCUCAUUUGUGAGCAGUUCAGGAGGAACUCAAAACAAAAGAGAUGUGCUGCUGCAAAUGUUUAUUAUUUUAUAUAGAAUUAUACUACAUUUAUUACCUUUUCCACUUGUACUUUCUCAUAUGCCUGUUCAGCAGGGCAGAUUUCUCUGAUUUUCUUAUUUUUUUUAAAUUAUGGAUUAUGCAUAUCAAAUUGUAUCUGUUAGGCCGUCAUCUAAUUUUGAACAUAUAAUUUGAGCUUUUCAGCUCACACAUGGCAGCAUUUAUAUCCAUGGUAAAGUUCUUUAAAUACUUUUUUUAUGUCGGUCAUGACUGUUUAAAUUUAAAGGUGAGAUUAAAAAAUAAUCCCAUAAUGAAGUGUAAUUUCAGCAUAGAAAUGUUCAGAAGGCCAAACCCAAGAGGAUUCUUAGUAACAUUUAAAACAUUUUGAUUUGAAUUUGAUAAAAUUACUGUUAACUUUGAAAUCUUUAAGGACCUAUUUAGUUUUUACUUUGUCUGAUAGUUAAUCAAAUAAAAAAAUAAAGUGCUGCAUAAGAUGAACGUUGUAUACCCAGUUCUUAUACCUUGAUUUCAGAAUUGUUCUGCUUUUUUUUUUUUGUUUGUUUUGUUGUGCUGUCUAUGCAAGUUAGUCCUGGAUAAAGGUGUUGUUCAGUCAUAUAUUCAGACCAUAUGGCUUGACAAAGGGGAGCUUCAGCAUUGAGAUGAUUUGACCUGGCCCUUAAAUUGUUCGUGACGGGUGCCAAAAACAAAAUCUACUUAAAAAAUGCACUUGGAUUUUUGCUUUUACAGUCAAGUUCACCUUGUAGUCUACACACUCAGGAUAUGCCCCAAAACUUCACUGUAUUGUAUAGGCCAGCAUUAGCAGCUUGACAGGAGGUUUUGAUAUAAGUUAUUCAUUCAGUGUUGUUGGUCAGUAUUUUUAUAUCAGGUGCUCCAUUUGUCACAUUACUUUUGACCAUAUGUAUGCAUGUAAGCUUUUUUCUAUGAGCAAAAUAACUUGUAGUUUAUUUUUACUGCUACACUUGCUUGUUUAAACUGAGUCAGAAAACAAUCACUGGAAAACUAAUAUGCUGUAUGUCAUUGCAAAAGGUAAUUAUUCAGUUAGUAUGGCUAUUUCUUUUGUGAGAUGUUUUAGUUAAAAUGGACAGACCUUUUUGACAUUGAUACCUCUUUAUUGUGCGGAUGUAGUAAGUGCAUUUGAAUCUUCUCUCCUCUGUUCAGCCAGUGUCUCAGCCUACAUGUGGCUACCACAGCCUACAUGUGGCUACCACUGGCUUCCAGCAGGCUUCUGUAGCCAAAGAACAUACAUGUAACGUCUGCUUUGUCUCUUGAGAUUCUUCUUAUUACAUUUUUAUACAUCAUUAUAUAGGUUGACGUGUUACUUCUGAACCUGUUUAGUUAAAUGAUAAAUAAAAGCCGAUAUUUUGAA